AUGGCGAGCCCCGCCGUGCUGCCGCCCCUGAGCUCCCCGCCCGGCCCCAACCUGAACAACAACAACAACAACAACCAAGGCGUGAGGAAGUGCGGGUACCUGCGCAAGCAGAAACACGGCCACAAGCGCUUCUUCGUGCUGCGGGGCCCAAGCGGUGGGGAGGAGGCGGGGGGCGCCCGGCUGGAGUACUAUGAGAACGAGAAGAAAUGGAGGAACAAGUCCGGGGCGCCCAAGCGGGUGAUCGCCUUGGACUCCUGCCUCAACAUCAACAAGCGGGCAGACGCCAAGCACAAGUAUCUCAUCGCCCUCUACACCAAGGACGAGUACUUCGCUGUGGCGGCCGAGAACGAGCAAGAGCAGGAGGGCUGGUACCGGGCUUUCACUGACCUGCUGAAUGAGGGCAAGGCGGCGGCCUGCCAGGGGUCUCCCCACCGCCACCUCACCUCCCCCUUCUCCACCUCCUGCAGCGCGGCCGCCGCCUCCCUGGCCGCCGCCGGUGAGGAUCUCAACUACGGGCUGAUCACGCCGGCCGCUGUUGCCUACCGAGAGGUCUGGCAGGUGACACUGAAGCCCAAGGGCUUGGGGCAGAGCAAAAACCUCACAGGCGUCCACCGGCUCUGCCUCUCGGCCCGCACCAUCGGGUUCGUGCGGCUCAACUGUGAGCUGCCCUCGGUCACGCUGCAGCUGAUGAAUAUCCGCCGCUGCGGUCACUCCGACAGCUUCUUUUUCAUCGAGGUGGGGCGUUCGGCAGCCACCGGUCCCGGCGAGCUCUGGAUGCAGGCGGACGAUUCGGUGGUGGCUCAGAACAUCCACGAAACCAUCCUGGAGGCCAUGAAGGCGCUGAAGGAGCUUUAUGAAUUCCGGCCCCGCAGCAAGAGCCAGUCCUCAUCCUCAUCCUCUUCCGGGGGGGCUGCCGGUGUCGGCGGCAGUGGCGCCUCUGCCACUCACCCCAUCACCGUGCCCGGCCGGCGGCACCACCACCUGGUCAACCUGCCUCCCAGCCAGACCGGCCUCCUCCGCCGCUCGCGCACCGACAGCCUGGCCGCCGGCACCAAGUGCACGCCGUGCCGGGUGCGAACGGCCAGCGAGGGCGAUGGCUGUCGUGUGGGCUCGGUGGCCGGCAGCCCCAUGAGCCCAGGCCCUGUGAGGACACCCCUUAGCCGCUCCCACACGCUUAGCGGAGGCCGGCAAGCGGGAAAGCUACUGCCGGUGCUGGCUGGCGGUGGCCUGCACAGCAGUCGCUCCAUGUCCAUGCCCACCUCUCACUCGCCCCCCUCUGCCACUAGCCCCAUCAGCCUCUCCUCCAGCAGCGGCCUCGGCUCCGAGCCUGUCCACCCUCAUCACCCGCAGCGUCCGUCCAGUGGCAGUGCCUCUGUCUCCGGCUCUCCCAGUGACGCCGGCUUUAUGUCAUUCGACGAGUAUGGCUCUAGUCCUGGCGGCGACCUGCGGCCCUUCUCAUCCUCCUCCACCGCCAGCAACCGCAGCAACACCCCUGAGUCGGUGGCCGAGACGCCCCCGGUGCGGGAUCCUGGGGGCAGCACCGACUUCUACGGCUACAUGGCGAUGGAGAGGCCCCCGAGCGGCCGCCUAUGCUAUCGGCUCUGUCCUGAUGCCGCCGCCGACCGGGGCCAUCGGCAACGGACCUACUCCCUGACCACCCCGUGCCGGCAGCGGCACGCCCAGCCGCAGGUCUCCUCCGCCUCCCUCGACGAGUACACGCUGAUGCGCGCCACCUUCGCCGGCAGCGCCGGCCGCCUCUUCCCCUCCUGCCAAGCCGGGGCUUCCCCCAAAGUCACCUACACCCCCUACCCCGAGGACUACGGGGAUAUCGAGAUCGGCUCCCACCGCAGCUCCGGCAGCAGCAGCACCAACCUGGGGCCGCCGGCAGGGGGGGGAGGAGGAGGGGGAGAUGAUGGCUACAUGCCCAUGACCCCCGGCGUGGCCGCAGCCUUAGGGCAGGGAAGUCGGGGCGGCGAUGACUACAUGCCCAUGAGCCCCACCAGUGUGUCCGCUCCAAAGCAGAUCCUGCAGCCUCGGGCUGGGGUAGGUGCCGGGUCUCCUGGGAACGGGAGCAGCUACAAAACUAGCUCACCCGGGGAGAGCUCCCCUGACGAUAGCGGGUACAUGAGGAUGUGGUGUGGCUCCAAGCUGUCCGUGGAGAGCUCGGACGGGCGGCUAAAUAAUGGCGACUAUAUCAAUAUGUCCCCUCGGGACCCCCAGCAUGGGCCUCAGGUUCCCUCCCUCACCCCCCCGGACUUAUUUUUCUCCCCUUCGGGGCACGGGUCUGGGGAGCCUCCCAAGCCGGGCUGCUAUUCGUACAGCUCCUUACCGCGUUCUUACAAGAGCCAGGGGCUGGCAAAGGACAGCGACCAGUACGUCUUCAUGAACUCCCCGGGAAGGAUGAUCCCGGAGGAGGCGGUGUGCGGUGCAGGCCAGUCACCUGCCGACACUUUCACCUCCUCCAGCCACACGGUGCCUUCGCCUCUGCGGCACAGCCGGACUGAGAGCUUUCUGAGCCAGCGGUGCCAGCGGGUGGCCCGGCCCAGCCGCCUCUCUUUGGAAACCUUGCGGACGAUGCUGCCCAGCAUGAAUGAGCACUCUCUGCCGCCUGAGCCCAAGAGCCCUGGCGAAUACAUCAACAUCGAUUUCGGGGAUGCUGCCGUCUAUUCUCCCCCGUCGCUACCUGCCGACAGCCCGGCUUCCUCCUUGGGCUCCGGCACGGGGCAGAGGCGCUCCCCUCUCUCUGACUACAUGAACAUUGACUUCGGCUCACAGUCUCCUUCCCAGUCGGGCACAGUCUCGGUGGGCUCCCUGGAAGCGCUCUCGCCAGGCUCUUCCUCCAGCACCAGCCAGCCCGACGGGCGUUACAUGAAGGCAGCUGUGGUGGUGGCUUGUUCGUCUAGCCCAUCUGACGGUGGGGAUUACACUGAAAUGACCUUUGGCAUGGCCACCACACCACCCCAGCCCAUUGUUCAGAAGCCAGAAAGUGCCCGGGUCGGUAGCCCCACAGCUGGGGUGAAGAGGCUCACCCUCUCUGGGGUGGAAGCUUUCAUUCUCUCUACCCCUCCCCCAGACCCAAACCGAGGGGCCAAGGUCAUCCGGGCAGAUCCCCAGGGGCGCAGGAGGCACAGCUCGGAAACUUUCUCUUCCACCACCACUGUGACCCCCGUGUCCCCCUCCUUUGCACACAACCCCAAACGGCACAACUCGGCCUCGGUGGAGAAUGUGUCCCUCAGGAAAAGUGAAGGUCUGGAGGAGGAGCAGGGUAGCAGCCCCAUGUGCCGGGAGACCUCGGCUGGCUUCCAGAACGGCCUCAACUACAUCGCCAUUGACGUGGUGGACGGGACCUUGGCAAACUGUGACAAAGCCAGAUUGAAAGCCAGUCGUGUCCUCAAUGGGGGCAUCAACGGAGUAGAGAUGAGCACCUAUGCCAGCAUAGACUUUCUGUCUCACAACCUGAAAGAAGCAAGUGCUGUGAAAGAAUAUGGGAUUGCUUCUUUUGGCCUCAGCACCAGACCAAUGUGUUUGUGGAACUAA